GGAGAGUACACAAUAAGUGUAGGUACAUCCAAGCUAUAGCAAUAAAACGCCAACAAAUUUGUAUUGAGAAUCGUUAUAAAAAAUCAGUCUUUAAAACUGAUGGUCAGAAAAAUACUUGAUAUCUAAAGACAUAUCCCAGUAAAAAGUGCUUAAGCCAAGUGCAACUAGAAAACCAAAGUGUGUGUUUUGAGUUCAUAGAAAUAUACCUGGAGAAGGUGAGGUUUGUGAACAAGUCGUUCUUAAACAUCCCUUUAAUUUUAAUUUUGAGAUGCCUCUACCGAAUGAUAGUAUAAAAUCAAAUGAAUGUAUUCAAAAUGUAAAAGUGCGGAAUAAAAGAAAAAUAAACUCAAAAAUUGAUCCAUUAGAGUAUAAAGUCAUUGCAUCUUUGUCUUUAUUAUCCGACGAAGAAGAAGAAGAUCAGAGAAAGGAAUUCGCCACCAAAAGUCAAAAUGAAAAAUUAAUUGUUAAGCCAUUUGCUCUUCCAUCAAAUUCAACAGUUAUACCCACACCAAUUAAAAUAUCAUUAAUAUCUGAAGACGAAGAUGAAGAAGAUAAAGAAAUUAAUAUAGCCACCACCUCAAAAUUAGGUGACAAAUCUGAUGAAUCUAAAAUAUCUGGUACUGAUUUUGAUCUUAUUACAAGACAAUCAGAAAUGAAGGGACUUAAGCCAACUUCAACAAAUAGAAAAAAUGAUUUACAUCAUGAUAUAGAAUCAUACAUAUAUGAUAAACAAAUAGAAAUUAUUGAACCAGUUACAGAUGAUAUUCAUGAAUUAAAUGAACCUGGAUCAAUUGAUUUUGAUGCUAUUUCUUCUGUUACUGAAGACGAAAUGAGUGGGUUUAUUAGACAUAAUUCACCAAUGUUAUUGAACUUAGAAAACCCUGAUGAAUUACCAAGAGCCAUUAGUUAUACAGUACAAGGCGGAGUGAUUGAACAAAAUGGUACUGAAGACGAAAUGAGUGGGUUUAUUAGACAUAAUUCACCAAUGUUAUUGAACUUAGAAAACCCUGAUGAAUUACCAAGAGCCAUUAGUUAUACAGUACAAGGCGGAGUGAUUGAACAAAAUGGUACUGAAGACGAAAUGAGUGGGUUUAUUAGACAUAAUUCACCAAUGUUAUUGAACUUAGAAAACCCUGAUGAAUUACCAAGAGCCAUUAGUUAUACAGUACAAGGCGGAGUGAUUGAACAAAAUGGUACUGAAGACGAAAUGAGUGGGUUUAUUAGACAUAAUUCACCAAUGUUAUUGAACUUAGAAAACCCUGAUGAAUUACCAAGAGCCAUUAGUUAUACAGUACAAGGCGGAGUGAUUGAACAAAAUGGUACUGAAGACGAAAUGAGUGGGUUUAUUAGACAUAAUUCACCAAUGUUAUUGAACUUAGAAAACCCUGAUGAAUUACCAAGAGCCAUUAGUUAUACAGUACAAGGCGGAGUGAUUGAACAAAAUGGUACUGAAGACGAAAUGAGUGGGUUUAUUAGACAUAAUUCACCAAUGUUAUUGAACUUAGAAAACCCUGAUGAAUUACCAAGAGCCAUUAGUUAUACAGUACAAGGCGGAGUGAUUGAACAAAAUGGUACUGAAGACGAAAUGAGUGGGUUUAUUAGACAUAAUUCACCAAUGUUAUUGAACUUAGAAAACCCUGAUGAAUUACCAAGAGCCAUUAGUUAUACAGUACAAGGCGGAGUGAUUGAACAAAAUGGUACUGAAGACGAAAUGAGUGGGUUUAUUAGACAUAAUUCACCAAUGUUAUUGAACUUACAAAACCCUGAUGAAUUACCAAGAGCCAUUAGUUAUGCAGUACAAGGGGGAGUGAUUGAACAAAGUGGUACCAUAAAACUAUUUGUAUCCAACAACAAUAACAUGUAUUCGUUGGAGAAAAAUAGGAAUAUAGUUAAUGAAAAUUUAGAAAUUAUAGAUGAAAUUAAUAAUCCGAUUCCUCAUAAUCAGUAUGAAAUCAGGUCUAAUGAAUUCCAUAGUUUAAUAAAAAGUGAUGUUGCAGAAGAUACCUUAGAUAUAAAAGAAAUCGAGAAACAUGCUCAGGAUGAAUGGCCCGAAGUUAAUGUAUCUAAUUUAACGGAUAAAGGUUUGAAUUUAUCCAUGAAAACACCUGAAUUAUUACCUAACAACAUUUCUGGCAUACCAGAGUCAAAUAAACUCAGCGGCAAUGACAAUAUCGUUGAUGAAGACGAUGAUGAUCCUUUUAAAUUGGUGAUAGUUGACAAUGAUGAAAUUGAAACUGAUUAUCAAAUGGAUGCUGAUUUAGUAACUAUUCGCGAUGAACCUAAGUCUUCAAAUGAACACAUACCAGCACAAUUCCAAAGUCUUCAAAACUAUUCACGUAAUAAAAACCAUUCAAGUCAAAAUGAACUUUAUAUGGAUAAUAUUGACGACAAUGCAAAAUCACCAACAAUUAAUAAUAGAGUAAUCGUUAAAUCGGCAGCCAAGCGUUCCAUUAAUAAACCUUCAAAUAAUGAUAAGCCCAAACAAUUUGACUACGAAGUUGCAAGUACCAUAGUUAAGCAUAAGAAGCGAAAAACUAUGGUGCAACCAGAGCUUCAAUGUAGUGAAGAAAAAAAAGUAAAAAAUCCCUUACUGUUCUUUGCUGAGAUUUUGCAGCAACUACCAGUUGUUCAGUGUGUGUAUUGGCGUAUUGCAUAUCAGCCUCAAACCGAUAGCCACCUGGCCACAACUCUAUCACCAACAAUCGGUGCAGUGUACCAAUUAAUUGUGUACCCUUGA